UGGAAGCUGAUUAAGCCCAGUGCCCUGUUGCUGGAGUGUGCUGCGUUUGCUCUGCAGGCACUGGAGGGCAAUGCGCUUAACAGAGCUGAAUUGGGAAUGCCUGCUGCACAUUUUCUCCUUCCUGGACAAAAGCAGCAGGAAGAGUUUGGCCCAGACGUGCCGCAGGCUGCUCCGGGUCUUCCGGGACCCCUCGCUGUGGCCCCUGCUGCACUUCCGUUCUCUGGCCGAACUGACAAAGGGGAACUUUGUCCUGGGACCAGCCUUGCGCCACCUCUCAAUCUGCUGGCAUUCGAGCCAAGUCAAAGUGUGCAAUGUUGAGGACUGGAUGAAGAACGACUUGCAGAGGAACAUCUGCAGCCUACAUGAGCAUGUGGUGAAUGAUUUUUUACUCCACGUUUCCAACAGGUGCCUGAGCCUGCAGUCUCUGAAGCUGUCCGGAUGCGGCCAUGUCACGGACGAUUCCAUUAUGCUGCUCCUCAAGAGCUGCCCCUGCCUUAGGAGCCUCCAGCUGGAGAACUGUGUCCUGAUCACCGACCGGACUCUGGAAGCAGUGACUCUCCACGCUGCCUCCUUGCAGACGCUGCACGUGGACUUUUGCAGAAACAUAACAGCAGCCGGGGUGCAGCAAGUCCGGAAGAUGCGCCCGUCACUGACUCUCAAUGCGGAAAGAAGUGCAAACAUGAUUCCAGACAAAAGGCCAGGCGGCUGGGCCUUGGAAAAAGGGUUGAAGAGAGUGCUCUGGCACUAGUUAGGCAAGCGGCCACGUUCGGGGUUUUAUUCUGCUCGGCGCUUUCUGCGCGCAGCUCGAGUGGCUGCGUCCAUUGAAAGAGAGGUAAAAACAGGAGAACAGGAAGUUAUUCUACUCAAGCCCGCCGUGGAAGUGGCAGAGCUGAUCUCCCAAAGAUCUGGCAGUUUGCCCACAAAACUUUGGGCUGUCCUUUUACUGGACCAUUUGAUGAACUAUUGUGGUCUGUUCCAUUUCUCAAACUAGCAGGGGUUGUUUUGUGACAUGGAGUUUCUAAAUUAAAAAGUAACUCUGUGAUAAACCAUCCAUCCUUCCCUUUACAGAUACUCCUUUAGUUAAGCAUGCUAGAUUUUUAACACAACUAAAAUCUUAACAAAUAACCAAGAACUGUGUAUCUUGACUCAUACUGACUUAGUUUUUCCAUGUGUGUAGUUCUCUAAAUUGUUAUUUAUUAUAAAUAAAAUAAUGCAUCUUAAUUGCAGUUAGGCAGAACUAAUUCUCAGAAUGGCAAGGGCCCAAUUCAUACCCUGAAAGAAAAAACAACCCUCAUUAAGCUUUCUGUCCUACCUUUUAUAACAAAACUUUGCAAGACCAGCAUGAGAAAAGAGAAAGAAGAAUUCUUUCCUUCUGUCUUCUUCCUUCCUUCCUUCCUUCCUUCCUUCCUUCCUUCCUU